AUGGCCUCUCACAACAUUGGCUUCUUUCUUCCUGUCCUGUUUCAUGCUCUUUUCAUAUUUUGUCUACCUUUUGUUGUUUCUCAAUGCCGAAGAAAGCCAGUGAUUUUCAACUUUGGCGACUCAAACUCCGAUACAGGGGGGUAUUCAGCUGCGACUGGGUUUGUGUUCGGAUACCCUGACGGACGGGCCUUCUUUCAAAAGCCAACUGGCCGGUUAUGUGAUGGGCGUUUAGUCAUCGACUUCUUGUGUGAACAAUUGAAGGCUAAUUAUAUGACACCCUAUCUGGAAUCAGUGGGACCCGAUUUCACAAAUGGAGCCAACUUCGCGGUAGGCGGAGCAGCCACUCACCCGAAAUACGCCCCUUUCAGUUUGGAUACUCAAGUUCUGGAGUUUUUGCGCUUUUACAACCGUUCUUUGGAGUUGAAUUCCCAAGGCAUACAAAAUCUGGUUGAUGAAGAGGGCUUCAAGAACGCACUCUACAUGAUCGACAUUGGACAGAACGACUUAAUGGCUGCAUUUAAAUCUCUUCCUUAUGCUCAAGUUAUUGAAAAGAUCCCUUCUUUUAUAUCCAUAAUAAGGGAUGCUAUGUCGGCCUUGUACGAACGAGGUGCAACGUACUUUUGGGUGCACAACACGGGCCCGCUCGGAUGUCUGCCUGCAAGCUUAGGCACAAGUAAGACCAAUGCUACUGAUUUCGAUGAACACGGGUGCAUUGAGUCUAUGAACGAAGGCGCCAAAGCAUUCAACGCUGAACUAGCCGCUCUUUGUGAAGAACUACGUUCUCAGAUGCAGAAUGCCACGAUCGUCUACGUGGAUGUCUACUCCAUCAAGUACAACCUCAUUGAAUACUCAGCCUUUUACGAUUUCAAGCAUACAUUAGAGGCGUGUUGGGGGGUUGGUGGGCCGCCGUAUAAUUACGACCCAAACGUUAACUGUCGGGCCCAAGGAUGCAAUGUGUGUGAAGUGGGCUCGAGGCACAUAAGCUGGGAUGGAGUUCACAAUACCCAGGCUGCUAAUGCUCUUAUUGCCCAUCGUAUACUCUCCACCAAGUAUUCUAAACCUCCCCUUCGGUUCAGCUUUUUCUGUAACAAUGCAUGA